CGAUGCCAAUUCGGAUCUGUCAAAAAGUAAAGGACUGACCACGUUUUCGUGUUGUAUAAUAUUAUUGUAUUAGGAAAUACAGUGAUGCUAUAUUAAAUGAAAUAUUCCAAGUUUUUGCAACUACUUGCAACAUUUUUACUACAACGAAAUACAAACUAAAAGAAAAGAAGAAAAUAAAUAUAUUACACGAAUACACAUGAAAUAAGAGAAAUAGUAGCUAUAAAUUAUCAAAUAACGAUAUGGUAAUUAAGAACAGCAAAUCCAUUUUUGCAUAAGAAAUUCACAAAAUCCCGCAUGGUGACAAGUACUAAUAAUAAGUGAGCACGUUAACAUAAAAGAGUCUCAAAAUUGUGUCCAAAAAUCCUCCAUACCACAGGCAUGGACUGUGACCCGCGGGUGCACUUGUUGGGAAAACUAGUAAUGGGGAAGACUCAACUGAGGAACGAUCCUAUAGAAAAAAAGAAAGAACAAAAAGAAGAAAACAGGUUAGGUUGGUCUGGCGGAUUUUGUCAUUUUGUGUUGGUGUAGCAGCCGCAAUUUAGGGAAGUGGUCGGAAGUCUAAAAAAUAUCUAAAUUAUCUUAUUUAAUUUAGUUAUGAGCGAAUGAAAUAUAUUGAUUUUCGCUAUUUUUGUUGACACAAGCAGCGACCAGAAUGGAUCAAUCGCAAGGUUUUGUUGCUCCUCCAGGCAUUGGAACGCCUCCACUGAUGCCUCAGGUACCGAUUUCUGGUAUGUCCGGAUUUAGCCCGAUUAUCCCAGCCCCAUUCAGUGUGCCACCUCCAGGAUUUGGUGCUCCUGCUAUACCUCCUGUCUUACCUUCACUUGGCGGUUCAAUCAGUGAGUGGACUGAGCACAAAGCACCUGAUGGUCGAACAUAUUAUUACAACAUUGUUACAAAGCAAAGUAGUUGGAUAAAGCCGGACUGUUUAAAGACACCAGCAGAGGUGGAAUUGUGUCAGUGUCCCUGGAAAGAAUUUACUGCUGAAAAUGGAAAAACAUACUAUCAUAAUAUUAACACAAAAGAAUCACGAUGGAUUAUACCACCCGAAUUGGAAGAGAUCAAAAAAAGGGUUACAGAAGAGUCUAAACCAAAAAGCGUGCCAGUGUCACCCAAAGAAAUUACAAGCCCUUUUUCAAUAUCUGCUUCCAUUUCUCCAUCAAACUCGCCAAACGUUUCAAAUUCCACUGCCAGUCCAGGUCCAAAGAGUAACGCGAUGGAAGCGGCAAUGGCAGCAACAUUAGCAGCAAUUUCCAUUCCAACUCCUCCUAACCGACCUGAAGAUGAUGUGUAUACGUCAAAUCAUUAUGAUCGAACUGAAACAAAACCGUCGACUCCCGAACCGAAAGUAUAUAAGGAUAAGAAGGAGGCUAUGGAAGCAUUUAAAGACCUAUUAAAAGAUAAAAAUGUCCCAUCCAACGCAUCGUGGGAUCAGUGCGUAAAAAUUAUUCAAAAUGAUCCACGGUAUGAGACGUUUAAAAAACUGAAUGAGAGGAAGCAGGUUUUUAAUGCGUAUAAAACACAAAAACAGAAAGACGAGAAAGAAGAACAGAGAACCAAGGCCAAGAAGUCAAAAGAACACCUUGAAGAGUUUCUGAUGAAGUCGGAUAAAAUGCUGUCUACCACUAAAUAUUACAAGUGCGAUGAGCUCUUCGGUCAUUUGGAGGUGUGGCAAAGUGUAAGUGAUUCCGACAGGAGAGAUAUUUAUGAUGAUGUGGUCUUUGCAUUAGCAAAGAAAGAGAAAGAAGAUGCCAAGAUUUUAAAAAAGAGGAAUAUGAAGAAGUUGUCUGAAGUUUUAGAGUGUAUGACUAAAAUUAACUAUGACACAACGUGGACCGAAGCGCAGACUAUGUUACUAAAUAAUUCUGCAUUUAAAAACGACGUGAAUCUGCUAGCCAUGGAUAAAGAGGAUGCUCUUAUUGUUUUCGAGGAACACAUCCGCCUUUCAGAGAAGGAAUAUUUGGAGGAACGAGAGAGGGAAAAGCGCAGACAGAAGAGACAAAGCCGAAAAAACAGAGAUCAAUUUUUAGCUUUGCUUGAUCAUUUGCAUGAAGAAGGGAAACUGACGUCCAUGUCUUUGUGGGUAGAACUGUAUCCUAUUAUAUCAGCAGACAUAAGAUUCUCGGCAAUGUUGGGUCAGACAGGUUCUACGCCUUUAGAUCUUUUCAAAUUCUAUGUUGAAGAUUUGAAAUCUCGGUUUCAUGAUGAGAAGAAAAUCAUUAAGGAAAUAUUGAGAGAAAAAGAAUUUGAUGUGAAAGCUGCCACUAGUUUCGAUCAGUUCGCGACUGUUAUAUGUGAAGAUAAACGAAGUGCUUCUUUGGACGCUGGAAAUGUCAAACUUACCUACAACUCGUUAUUAGAGAAGGCGGAAAUGAAGGAAAAGGAAAGAUUAAAAGAAGAGACCAAAAGAAUGAAGAAAUUGGAAAAUGCUUUUAAGAACCUUUUGAAAGAGUUAAAUGUAGAUUUUGAAAAGCCGUGGGAGGAAAUAAAAGCGAAAGUUGAAAACGAGAACGAAUACAAAGCGUUUGGCAGCGAUUCAGAUGCACAAAGAGUUUAUAAGGAUUUCCAACACGAAAUGGAAGAGUCAUGUUCCCAUCACCAUUCGCGGUCAAGAAAGUCAAAGAAGAAUAAAAAGAAUAAGAGCAAGUACCGUAGCGCAAGUUCUAGUGAAUCCGAAGAUAAAGAUAAGCACAAAAAAUCCAAGCAUAAAUCUCAAAGUACCAGUCCAGCCACAGAAAGCGAGCAGGAAUACGUUAACAACAAAAAGAAAAAGUCCAAAAAGAAGCACAGGAGGAAAAGCAAAUCUAGUUCUCCUUCCGAUAGAAACAGAAGUGGGGAAAUAAGCGAAAGUGAGCUAGAAAAACAGCGUGCUCUGCUCUUAGCGGAAUUAAAAGACGAGAGUGAUUAGCAAACGGUUAAGACAGCAUCAGCCGCAUAGGGUCUGAUCUCAAAAAGAUAAUGGCUUGCAUAUGAUCCAGAUUCUGGGUAUAACUUUAUAUUUUUUUUAAUGUUUCGAUUGCUGUCCAAAUUUCUACGUGCUUCUUCUGGCAGGUUCACGUUUGUUUAGCUCAUUAUGCCUAGGUACUUUAAUAUUGUAAAUACUACAUAUUUUUAAUUAAUAUGCCAGUGAACUGUUUGCACAAGUAAAACCUUAUUGUAUAUAAACAGCAAAAAGGCAUUUAGUCUUUUCGACACACGUAAACAUUAAAAUGCUAUAAGGUUAUGUAUGUAUUCGCCAUGGUGAUGCACUUUGUUUGCAGUGUGUCUGGUUUGGAAUUCUUAAACUUCGUCAAUAUAUUUUUAUAUGAACAA